UGCAAAGACAUGCGGUCACGAGACCCCCGGGGCUGUAUUAAGUUGUGCCGUUUGGUUGGAAGAGAGGAUGACUGAGUUUGUAUUUGGCUGGAUGUAGAAGAGGAAGAACAACACUUGCCCUAAAUCCCAUCGCUUCUUCAGCGUAAGAGUUUUCUGGACGGACGUUCGUCUUUACCACCGGCUCACCUCUCUUGCUAAACCGUACGAUGCUACGUUUAAUCUGCGCAGUAACAUUUUGGCUUUACGAAAUAUGCAAAUUCUUUGUUUGAUUAAAGAAACUAUCAGCUAAAAUGUCUGAGGAAGCAGUGGAGGACGUCGUCGAAGAAGAAGUUGUGGAGGAAGAAGUAAUUGAAGAAGUUCUAGUGGAGGAGGUGGGGGAGGAAGAAGAAGCUCCACCUGGAGUAGAAGAGCCCCCUGUCUCCACUACUGAAGAGCCUGCAGAAGAAGAGGCUCCAGCUGCGGAUGAAGAGCAUCCAGUUGCAGAUGAAGAUGAAUCCAAGCCCAAACCAAAGGCAUUCGCUCCGCCGAUCGCCGUUCCUAAGAUACCAGAGGGGGAAAAAGUUGACUUUGACGACAUCCACAGGAAGCGUCAGGAGAAAGAUCUGUCUGAGCUGCAGUCUCUGAUCGAGGCCCACUUUAUUCAGAGAAAGAAGGACGAGGAGGAGCUCAUCGCUCUUGUUAACAGGAUUGAGAAGCGUCGUGCUGAGAGGGCUGAACAGCAGAGAAUCCGUGCCGAGCAGGAGAAAGAGAGGCAGAAUCGUUUGGUUGAAGAAAAAGAGAGGAAGGAACAAGAGGAGGCUCGUAAGAAGCAAGACGAGGACGCCAAGAAGAAAAAGGCCCUGACUAACAUGACUCAACAAUAUGGUGGCCAGCAAAGGCAAGAUGGAAGGAAGGGAGCAAAGAAGCAAACAGAGAGGGAAAAGAAGAGAAAGAUCCUGGCAGAGCGGAGGAAACCGCUCAACAUCGACCAUCUGAACGAGGACAAGCUGAAGGAGAAGGCCGGUGAGCUGUGGCAGUGGCUGAUGAUGCUGGAAGCGGAGAAAUUCGACUACACUGAGAAGCUCAAGAGACAGAAAUAUGACAUCAACUUGCUCCUGAAUCGGGUUCAGGCCACCCAGAGCGUCAAAGGAAGAGGCAAGGCCAAGGGCAGGGUGAGAUAGACGGCCCCAACCAGACAAGACGCCUGAGCAGGAGUUUGCGUCGCAGCAAAACACAAGUUCACAGAAAUAAAGCACGAUUUCUGGGUUUAAGAG